UAGCUGCCAGACUAAGUGGCCAGGAAUCCCGGAGCCUACAGCACUGGCUUUUGCUCCUCGAAAUUUGUGAGGAGGGGGAGGACCAGCUCCACUAUACUAUCCUGGAAGAGGCCAAGGAUGGCACAUGACACUUUUCUGGGCCACAUCAUGCAGGACCUGGGUCUGGAUCUGGUGCCGCGCCCGUUCUGGGUGGAUUCCAAAGGCCAUGGGGACCGUCUGGAGGUAAAUCUGCAGAAUGGCAUUUUGUUUGUGGAUUCUCAGAUCGACCUCGAGGAGCUGUGUUGGCGGAUCUUGGAGUGCAGCAUCCACCUGGAGGUGGUUGUGGACGAGCUGCUACAGAUUUUCCAUGUGGAGAUGGAAGUGAAAGACAUUAAAGACAACCUGUCACUGUUCUCAGUGACAUAAAAUAAUCUAUUUAGAAAACAAGGGUUCUUGAUUCUUGUUUUUCACUAGGGGGUGUCUGGGAUGCAGCAGCAGGGGCCAAUGCUCUGCUGAUUUACAUACUGUACCCUA